AUGGUCCCGAAACCGGACGGCACCCUCCGCUUCUGCAAUGACUUCCGCCGCCUCAACGAGGUCUCCAAGUUCGACGGAUACCCCAUGCAUCAGCAAAAGCUGAAGGAAGAGCGUGAGGCCAAGAGAGCACAGCUGGACAUCAGACAUGACUAUGUUCUCAGCAUUGUGUCCUCUUGUGUGGGCCUGGAGAAAGCUGAAGUGGAAGAUGCGAUACUGGAGGGCACACAGAUUGAGCGGAUAGAGCAGUUCUUUGCUGCCAAUGGCCUUCCUCACCUCAUUUUAUACUACCAGGACACAGAGCCUGUGGACACAGAUCAAUUUGUCUUUGUGCCUUUGGUAGCCGUAUCCUCCUCAGUGAUUCGCAGUAAGAAAGCCAAGGUCUUUGUGACGGAAGGCACAGAUGUGGCCCUCAAUGGCAUUUGUGUAUUUUUCACCCGGGCAAACCCCUCCAAGCCUAUCACUUCAGAGAAUAUCCACAGGGAUGUGAACUUUAACAUGUUGGACACCACGGGUGUUGGUCUUCUGAAGAGCGUGGAGCAGCUGCUGUCAGAGAUCUUCAUCCCCACUCUGAGGAAGAUGAACCACGGCUGGGGAGAGCUAGCAAGCCUGCAGGCUCAGGCUGUCAAGCAAGACUUUAUUAGCUUUCUGGACAGCUUUGUCUCUGUGUUAGCUGGGGCACAGGAGAGCCUGCAGGAAAAGGUAAACCUCAAAGAAUGUGAAACAUUUGACUUGAAGACAUUGAAAGGUCCUUCAGAUUACACUGCUGUGGCCAAUAGCACAGAAGCUCUGGAGAAGAUUGAAGCCUGCAUGAAAACUUGGAUCAAACAGAUCGAACAGGUCCUUGCAGAGAGUGACCAGCUAAGGAAAGAGGCAGAUGACCUGGGCCCCUGUGCAGAGCUUGAUCACUGGAAGAAACGCAUGUCCCGUUUUAACUACCUGCUGGACCAGUUGAAGAGCCCUGAGGUCAAAGCUGUGCGGGGGGCAAAACAGUCCAAACUGAUUAAGGUUUGGCGAGAACUAGACAUCAGAAUCACUGAUGCAGCAAAUGAGGCCAAAGACAAUGUGAAGUACCUGUACACCCUUGAGAAGUUCUGUGACCCGCUGUACAACAGCAACCCUGUGUCCAUGGUAGAAGCUAUUCCUGGGCUCAUAAACGCAAUACGUAUGAUCCAUAGCAUCUCUCGUCACUGCAACACCUCAGAGAGGAUCACUUCCCUUUUUGUCAAGGUUACAAAUCAAAUGAUCACCGCCUGUAAGGCCUAUAUCACAAAUAACGGCUCCUCAACCAUAUGGGAUCAGCCGCAGGAAGGGGUAUCUGAGAAGCUUAAAGCUGCCAUUCGCUUGAAUCAGGAAUACCAGAAGUAUUUCCAAAAAACCAAGCAGAAACUGGAGGAGAAUCCCUCGGAGUGCCAGUUUGACUUUAGCGAGAUGUACAUCUUUGGCAAGUUUGACACAUUUCAGCGAUGGCUGAACAAAAUUCUAAACAUGUUUAGCACCAUUACCACCUACAAUGCCCUGCAGGACUCCAAAAUUGAGGGACUGGAAACCAUGGCAACCAGAUUUCAGACCAUUGUGUUGACCAGGAAGAAAAAACAGUACAGUUCCCUGGACCAAAGAAGGACAGACUGUAAUCAGGACUAUGAUGAAUUUUGUAAACAAACCAGUGAACUUCAUAACCAACUGAAAACUUUCAUGGACAACACCUGUGACAGAAUUCAAAAUACUGAGCGGGCUUUAUAUGUGCUCAAGAAAUUUGAAAGGCUUGGCAUCCCAGACUUGGGCAUCAAUGAGAAGUACCAGAAAAUUCUGCAAAACUUUGGAAGGGACAUUGAGAUGAUCUCUCAAAUUUAUACCAAGCAAAAGACAGAUCCCCCCAUUGCUCCAGAUCUCCCUCCAAUCUCAGGGAAGAUCCUCUGGGCUCGGCAGCUUUACAGCUGCAUCCAGGAGCCCAUGGAUCUCUUCCAGCAGAUGCCUGGGCUAUUCAGCACCCCAGAUGCCAAACCCAUCAUUCGAAAUUACAACCGGGUGGCCAAGGUGCUGCUGGAGUUUGAGGUGCUUUAUCAUCAGAUCUGGAUGGCAGAGGUUGAAGCAGUUAAAGUGGGCCUGCAAGCAUCUUUGCUCGUCAAGAGUCCAGAAACUGGGGAGCUGUAUGUGAACUUUGAACCCCAGAUCCUGACGCAGAUUCGAGAAACAGACUGCAUUCAAGGAAUGGGACUGGAUAUUUCACCCUUUGCAGCCAUCUUGCAGCAGAAAAAGGAUGUUUUAAAAAAGAACUACAAUAAACUACAGUUGAUGGUGAGAGAGAACUCCAGGGUUAGGUCUAAGAUCCAGCCAGCCUUUGAACAACUGCUCAUGCCACAUGUGGCUAAAGUAGAUGAGGCCAUUCUGCCCGGUCUGACCUCCCUCAGUUGGACCUCUCUUAACAUAGAGAAAUACCUUAAUCGAAUCACUACUGCACUUGAGGACCUUGAACUUCUGCUGCAAAGAGUGAAUGACCUGGUGGAGUUUAGAAUUGAUGCUGUUCUCCAGGAAAUGAGCACAACUAUGCUGUGUGUGGUGCCUGAAGAUGAGCCAUGCACCUGUGAGGAGUUUGUACAGACCACCAAGGAGCUUUGCAUCAAAGGAGCCCAAAUGCUACAUACUAAAAGCUCAUUGGUGGAGGAGGCAGCCAAUGAACUGAUUAAUAUGUUACUGGAAUUUGAGCAGAAGGAGGAACAAGAGAGAAACCGGGAUGAGAGCAUGACAGAGAGCAAAGUGGAACAGAUGGGCAAGGAGGAAUGUAAAUCUGAGGGCCGUCUCUUGUCACGUAGCACCAUGGUCCCUAGUGUCGCCCCCUCUUCUCCAAUGAUGAGAAAGAAGAAGAAGAAGGAUCUGAUGAAGGUGAUGGAGGAGGAGACAAAGGAGCUACUGUCUCAUUUUAACCAUCGGAAUGUGGAUGCAUUACUGCGCCUCACCCGUAACACGCUGGAGACUCUACGCAAACGCAUCCAUGCAACAUCACUGAUGCAUUUCCUGGAAGCAGACUCCUCAAGUCGGCAGAAGGGAAGUGGGCAGCAGCCAAUCUUUAGGGUAGGAGUGUGUUUAGCCAUCCCCAACAUCAUCAUGGUUCCAGGGCUAGAUGAGGUUCAGCAAGCCUUGAACAGAACUGUGGACUGUGUGGUCAGCGUCAGUAAAGGAGUUGGACAGUGGAGCAAGGAAAGAAUUUCCAAGAGGAAAAUGAGUGAGCGACGCAUGGCUGCUCUGAAACAGAACAGCCAAGAGAGUGAAUCAGAAGAUGGCGAAUCGACCUAUCGCAGUACCUCAGAUAUAUCGGCAUCUGCAAAUCAGGCCAUUCCUGUCCAAAUUAAGAACUAUCACAAAAGCAUCUCUGAGAACAAAGAGAUUGUCAAGCUGGUCUCUGUGCUUAGUACGUCCAUCAAUUCCACGAAGAAGGAAAUAAUGAACGCUCUGGAUCCCUUCAGCCUUUAUCACCACAUCUGGAAGAAAGAUCGAGAGGAAACCAUCCAGAAAUUCAUCCAAGGGAACCCUCUUCUUUCUGAAUUUGAGUCGCAGAUUCUGUACUACAGGGAUCUGGAGCUAGAAAUUAAUACAGAGCCUGAGUUUAUCUCAGUAGGAGCUCUGGCAUUAUAUACAGCGGAUCUGAAAUUGUCUCUUACUGCUGAGACAAAGAGUUGGAUGGUGGAUUUUGGUCACCACUGCAACAGGAAGUAUCGCAUGGAGAUGGAACAGAUCUUCACUUUUAUAGAUGAGGCGAGCAAGAAACUCAACAGGACGAUUAAGGACUUGGAUGAUAUUCGUAUCGCCAUGGCAACGCUUAAAUUGAUCAGAGAACACCAGAUCUCCAUCGACUUUCAAGUUGGUCCAGUUGAGGAAUCAUACAGCAUGCUACAUAAAUAUGGAUUGUUGAUUGCCAAAGAGGAAGCAGACAAAGUGGACACACUUCGGUACACUUGGGAGAAACUGCUUUCCCGUAGCACAGAGGUGCAGAAUGAACUGGUGACCCUUCAACCAAACUUCAGGAGAGAACUCAUCAAAAAUGUUGAGAUCUUUGUAGAGGACUGCCAACACUUCUACCACGACUAUGACAAGGAUGGUCCCAUGGUGGUUGGAUUGGCUCCCCAGGAUGCCAGUGACAGGCUUAUUAUGUUUCAGAAUCGCUUUGACAACCUAUUACGCAAGUACAUCACAUACACAGGUGGGGAGGAGCUCUUUGGCCUACGCGUUACCCAGCAUCCUCAGUUGCUUGAGAUCAGGAAACAGUUGACACUUCUCCAAAAGCUCUAUGGACUUUACAACAGUGUCAUCGACACAGUCAACGGCUACUAUGAUAUCUCAUGGGCCGACAUCAAUAUUGACAAAAUCAACAAUCAACUACUUGAGUUUCAGUCGAGGUGCCGUAAGCUGCCACGGGCCCUUAAAGAGUGGCAGGCAUUUCUGGACCUCAAAAAAACUAUUGACGACUUUAGCGAGUGCUGCCCCCUGUUGGAUCUAAUGACUAACAAAGCCAUGAUGACACGGCACUGGAAGAGGAUUACUGAGGUUACAGGUCACACAUUUGAGGUCGAAACUGAUAACUUCAAGCUCCGCAACAUCAUGGAAGCCCCACUACUAAAGUACAAAGAAGAAAUUGAGGACAUCUGUAUUAGUGCUGUGAAGGAGCGUGACAUCGAGCAGAAACUCAAGCAAGUAAUUGCGGAAUGGGACAACAAGACUUUUACCUUUGCUCACUUUAAAACCAGAGGUGAGCUCCUUCUGAGAGGCGACAGUACAUCGGAGAUCAUUACUAACAUGGAGGAUAGCCUGAUGGUGCUUGGUUCACUUAUGAGCAACAGAUACAACACACCAUUCAAAGCUCAGAUCCAGAAGUGGGUUCAGAACCUCUCCAACACAACAGAUAUCAUUGAGAACUGGAUGACUGUGCAGAACCUCUGGAUUUACCUUGAGGCUGUUUUUGUUGGUGGAGACAUAGCCAAACAGCUGCCGAAGGAGGCAAAGCGGUUCUCCAACAUUGAUAAAUCCUGGGUGAAAAUAAUGACUCGAGCUCAUGAGAUGCCUAAUGUAGUCCAGUCGUGUGUUGGAGAUGAGACUAUGGGUCAGCUGCUGCCUCACUUGCUGGAACAGCUAGAGAUGUGUCAAAAAUCCCUCAUAGGGUAUCUGGAGAAGAAGCGAUUGCUCUUUCCACGUUUCUUCUUUGUGUCAGAUCCCGCCCUGCUGGAGAUUUUGGGCCAAGCAUCUGACUCACACACUAUCCAGGCUCACCUACUCAACAUCUUUGACAACAUCAAAUGUGUCCGCUUCCAUGAAAAGAUGUAUGAUAAGAUUCUGGCGAUAUCAUCACGAGAAGAUGAGACAGUUGAGCUGGACAGGCCCGUCAUGGCAGAGGGCAAUGUGGAGAUCUGGCUUAAUGCGCUACUGAAAGAAUCCCAGAGGUCUUUGCACCUUGUCAUCCGUCAGGCUGCACUUGCCAUUCAAGAAUCUGGCUUUGAGUUGAUCGAAUUUUUGGACUCCUUUCCUGCACAGGUUGGUUUACUGGGAAUCCAGAUGAUCUGGACGAAGGAUUCUGAGGAUGCUUUGAGCAAUGCCAGAUAUGACCGUAAGAUCAUGGCUAAAACCAACCAUUUUUUUCUUGAGCUCCUCAACAAUUUGAUUGACAUGACAACAAAGGACCUUGGAGCUGUUGAACGAACAAAGUAUGAAACACUAAUCACCAUUCAUGUACACCAGAGGGACAUCUUUGAUGAUUUGUGUCGUUUGCACAUCAAAAGUUCCACAGACUUUGAAUGGCUGAAGCAAUGUCGCUUUUACUUUAAUGAAGACUCGGAUAAGAUGAUGAUCAAUAUCACUGAUGUGGGUUUCGUGUACCAGAAUGAGUUUCUAGGCUGUACUGACAGGCUGGUCAUCACUCCUCUCACUGACAGAUGCUACAUCACUUUAGCUCAAGCUCUGGGAAUGAGCAUGGGUGGAGCCCCAGCUGGGCCGGCUGGAACAGGAAAGACAGAAACCACUAAGGACAUGGGCCGCUGCCUGGGCAAAUAUGUGGUGGUAUUCAACUGCUCCGAUCAGAUGGACUUCAGAGGCUUGGGCAGAAUUUUUAAAGGUCUUGCUCAGUCUGGCUCCUGGGGUUGUUUUGAUGAGUUUAACUGUAUCGACCUGCCAGUGCUUUCAGUAGCAGCUCAGCAAAUCGCCAUUGUACUCACCUGUAAGAAAGAACGGAGGAAGAACUUCAUCUUUACGGAUGGAGAUAACGUGGAGAUGAACCCAGAAUUUGGCAUCUUCCUCACCAUGAAUCCUGGAUAUGCAGGGAGGCAGGAACUUCCCGAGAAUCUGAAAAUUAACUUCCGCUCAGUGGCGAUGAUGGUUCCUGACAGACAGAUAAUUAUCAGAGUGAAACUGGCAAGCUGUGGCUUUAUUGACAAUAUUGAACUAGCCAGGAAAUUCUUCACUCUAUACAAACUGUGCGAGGAGCAGCUCUCUAAACAGGUCCACUAUGACUUUGGUCUCCGCAAUAUCCUGUCCGUCCUGCACACACUUGGAGCAGCAAAACGGGCCAAUCCUAAUGACACAGAGUCCACUAUUGUCAUGAGAGUUCUGCGAGACAUGAACCUGUCCAAACUGAUUGAUGAGGAUGAGCCAUUGUUCCUGAGUUUGAUGGAGGAUCUUUUCCCUGGAAUUAAGUUGGAUAAAGCUGGAUACCCUGAUUUGGAGUCAGCCAUAGACAAACAGGUGACUGAGGCUGGUCUGAUCAAUCACCCACCAUGGAGGUUAAAGGUCAUUCAGCUAUAUGAGACUCAAAGAGUCCGUAAUGGGAUGAUGGCACUAGGACCCAGCGGAGCAGGAAAAACAGCCUGCAUUCAUACUCUAAUGAAGGCCAUGACCGAUUGCGGCCAGCCUCACAGAGAGAUGCGUAUGAACCCUAAAGCUAUAACUGCACCUCAAAUGUUUGGUCGACUUGAUGUGGCAACCAAUGACUGGACUGAUGGAAUCUUUUCCACUCUUUGGAGGAAAACACUCAGAGCAAAGAAAGGGGAACACAUAUGGAUUGUCCUUGAUGGGCCAGUUGAUGCUAUAUGGAUUGAAAACCUAAACUCAGUCCUGGAUGAUAACCGCACACUGACAUUGGCCAAUGGUGACCGCAUUCCCAUGGCCCCCAAUUGCAAGAUUGUGUUUGAGCCACACAACAUCGAUAAUGCCUCCCCAGCCACAGUGUCCCGUAAUGGGAUGGUGUUUAUGAGCUCUUCUGUCCUUAACUGGAGCCCUAUUUUGGAGGGCUGGCUGAAGAAUCGUUCCCUUCAGGAAGGGGUGGUCCUGAGGGAGCUCUUCUCCUCCUCUUUUCCUGAGCUCUAUCGGUUCAGCACCCAAUCUUUGCAGUAUAAAAUGGAAAUGCUGGAGGCCUUCAUCAUCAUGCAGUGCAUAAACAUGCUGCAAGGACUCAUUCAGCCCAAGGAGCAGGGAGGGGAGCUGUCUCGUGAGCACAUGGAGCGUCUGUAUGUCUUCGCUCUGAUGUAGAGUGUGGGAGCCCUAUUGGAACUGGAUGAUCGAAUGAAGUUAGAGAGAUGGCUCCGUCACCAUGACAAGGUUGGCCUGGACCUUCCCAAUAUCCCUCCCCACAGCGAGGACACUAUGUUCGACUUUUACGUCACUAAUGAUGGCCACUAGGUUCACUGGAAUACCAGAGUGGAAGAGUAUAUUUACCCACCUGACUCCACACCGGAGUAUGGAUCCAUAUUGGUGCCCAAUGUAGACAAUGUUCGCACUGACUUUCUCAUCCAGACCAUUGCAAAGCAGGGCAAGGCUGUGCUUUUGAUAGGAGAGCAGGGCACUGCCAAAACCGUCAUCAUCAAAGGCUACAUGUCCAAAUAUGACCCAGAGUCCCACACUGCCAAGAGUCUCAACUUCUCUUCUGCCACCACACCUCUUAUGUUUCAGCGUUCUGUGGAGAGUUAUGUAGAUAAACGAAUGGGAACCACUUACGGCCCUCCGGCAGGGAAGAAAAUGUCCAUCUUUAUUGACGACGUCAAUAUGCCUGUGAUCAACGAGUGGGGUGACCAGGUCACCAAUGAGAUAGUUCGGCAGCUGAUGGAGCAAAAUGGCUUCUUUAACCUGGAGAAACCAGGAGAGUUCACCAACAUUGUGGAUAUCCAAUUCUUGGCGGCUAUGAUCCAUCCUGGAGGGGGACGAAAUGACAUCCCCCAGAGACUGAAGAGACAGUUUUCUAUUUUCAACUGUACUCUUCCUUCCAAUGCCUCCAUAGACAAGAUCUUUGGCGUGAUAGGCUGCGGUCAUUACUGUUCCCAUCUGGGAUUUUCAGAAGAAGUACGCAACACAGUGGUCAGGCUUGUUCCACUGACCCGAAGACUCUGGCAAUUGACAAAAGUUAAAAUGCUGCCCACUCCCGCCAACUUCCACUACAUUUUUAACCUGCGUGACCUCUCCCGCAUCUGGCAGGGAAUGCUCAGCGUGACUGCAGAGGUCAUCAGCUCGUCAGAUGUAUUACUGCGGCUGUGGAAGCAUGAAUGCAAACGUGUGAUUGCUGACCGGUUUACUGCCCCAGAGGAUGUGGCCUGGUUUGACUACACGCUGGCCAAGCUAGUGGAAGAAGAGCUUGGAGAAGAAGAACGAAUGGUGGUGGAUCUUGGGGUGGAUUCCUACUUUGUGGACUUUCUCAGAGAUGCACCUGAGGCCACAGGUGAAGAGCCAGAGGAAACUGAUUUCGACAUGCCAAAAGUAUAUGAGCCCAUCAAAUCCGUUGAUAGUCUAAUGGAGAGGCUGAACAUGUUUUUGAGUCAUUAUAACGAGAGCAUCAGAGGAGCAGGCAUGGAUAUGGUCUUCUUCAGGGAUGCCAUGAUUCAUCUGGUUAAGAUUUCUCGGAUCAUCAGAACCCCUCGGGGAAAUGCCCUACUGGUUGGUGUAGGGGGAUCUGGAAAACAGAGUCUGACAAGACUAGCAUCUUUCAUCGCUGGCUACAAGACUUUCCAGAUUACACUCACCCGUUCCUACAACACCCUCAACCUGAUGGAGGACCUGAAGGGAUUGUACAGGACUGCCGGACAACAGGGCAAAGGCAUCAGCUUUAUUUUCACUGACAACGAGAUCAAGGAUGAAUCCUUCCUGGAGUACAUGAACAACGUCCUUUCAUCAGGAGAGUCACACCUCACCAACUGGGAUGUCUUAUGGAUGAACACUGGCCUUCAAAAACUCAAGGAGGCCUCUGAGUCUGUUGCUACCCUCAGCAAAGAACUGGAGGUGAAGGAGAAAGAACUUCAAAUAGCCAAUGAGAAGGCUGAUAUGGUGUUGAAGGAGGUGACUGUGAAGGCUCAGGCUGCUGAAAAUGUCAAAGUCGAAGUUCAGAAGGUCAAAGAUAAAGCGCAGGCCAUAGUGGACAGUAUCUCUGCAGACAAGGCCAUCGCUGAAGAGAAGUUAGAGGCAGCAAGGCCUGCUCUGGAAGAGGCUGAGGCAGCACUGCAGACCAUAAAGCCAUCAGAUAUUGCCACGGUGCGAACACUGGGCAGACCACCCCACCUCAUCAUGCGUAUUAUGGACUGUGUGUCAUUGCUCUUCCAGAGGAGAGUGAACACGGUGAAAAUUGAUCCUGAGAAAAACUGCACCAUGCCCUCCUGGCAAGAGUCACUCAAACUCAUGACUGCUGGCAACUUCCUGGGCAGUCUACAGCAAUUCCCCAAAGACACCAUCAAUGAGGAGGUGGUGGAACUCCUCUCUCCAUACUUUGACAUGGCAGACUAUAACAUAGAAACAGCCAAGAGGGUGUGCGGCAAUGUUGCAGGGCUUUGCUCCUGGACCAAAGCAAUGGCUGCCUUCUUCUCUAUCAAUAAAGAAGUGCUUCCUUUGAAGGCUAAUCUGGCAGUGCAGGAGAACAGGCUGGCCAUAGCUAAUGUGGACCUCCAGAAAGCCCAGGCAGAACUAGAUGCUAAGCAAGCAGAGCUGGAUGUAGUUCAAACUGAGUAUGAGAAGGCCAUGUUGGAAAAACAGACUUUACGGGAGGAUGCAGAAAGGUGUCGACACAAGAUGCAAACCGCCUCUAGUCUGAUCAGUGGGCUGGCAGGAGAGAAGGAGCGUUGGACACAGCUUAGUAAAGAGUUCGCUGCUCAGACCAAACGACUAGUUGGUGACGUGGUUCUGGCUACAGCCUUCCUGUCCUACUCUGGACCUUUUAAUCAAGUGUUUCGCAACUUCCUUCUCACUGAUUGGCAGAGAGAAAUGAAGUCCCGUCGGAUUCCUUUUAGGACCAAUCUGAAUCUCACUGAAAUGUUAAUUGACGCUCCCACAGUAAGUGAAUGGAACCUACAGGGGCUUCCCAAUGAUGACCUGUCCAUCCAGAAUGGGAUUAUUGUUACAAAGGCUGCCAGGUUUCCCCUGCUGAUUGGCCCCCAGACCCAGGGAAAGAUCUGGAUCAAGAACAAAGAGUCCAAGAAUGAGCUUCAGAUCACCUCACUGAAUCACAAAUACUUCAGAAACCAUCUAGAGGACAGUUUGUCUCUUGGGCGUCCCCUACUCAUUGAAGAUGUUGGGGAAGAACUGGAUCCUGCCCUGGACAAUGUCCUGGAGAAGAACUUCAUCAAGACUGGGUUCACAUAUAAGGUGAAAGUAGGUGAUAAAGAAGUGGAUGUAAUGAAGGGUUUCCGUCUCUAUGUGACCACCAAGCUGCCCAACCCAGCAUACACUCCUGAGAUCAGCGCACGGACAUCCAUUAUCGACUUCACCGUUACUAUGAGGGGCCUGGAAGAUCAGCUACUGGGAAGAGUUAUUCUCACUGAGAAACAGGAACUGGAGAAGGAGCGGAUUGACCUGCUGGAGGAUGUGACGGCCAAUAAACGUAAAAUGAAGGAACUGGAGGAUAAUUUACUUUUUAGGCUGACUAGCACGCAGGGCUCCCUGGUGGAUGACGAGAGCCUCAUCACAGUGCUGGGAAACACGAAACGCACUGCAGAGGAGGUCACACAGAAACUCCAGAUCGCUGCUGAGACUGAGAUCCAGAUCAAUGCGGCCCGCGAGGAAUACAGACCCGUUGCCACAAGAGGAAGCAUUUUAUACUUUCUGAUCACGGAGAUGAGCAUGGUGAACGUGAUGUAUCAGACCUCUCUGCGCCAGUUCCUGGGCUUGUUCGACUUGUCCUUGACCAAGUCCUCAAAGAGUCCAAUUACAAGUAAGCGGAUCGCCAACAUCAUCGAGUACAUGACCUUUGAGGUGCACAAGUACGCAGCUCGGGGUUUGUACGAAGAACACAAAUUCCUGUUCACCCUGCUGCUCACUCUCAAGAUCGACAUGCAGAGCAACAGGGUCAAACACGAGGAGUUUCUGACCCUCAUUAAAGGAGGUGCUUCGUUGGACCUGAAGGCCUGUCCACCCAAAGCUGCAAAGUGGAUCCUGGACAUAACAUGGCUUAACCUGGUGGAGCUGAGCAAGCUGUGGCAGUUCUCUGACAUUCUAGAUCAGAUUGCGCGUCAUGAGAAACAGUGGAAGAGCUGGUUUGAUCGAGAAGCACCAGAAGAAGAACCAAUCCCAAAUGCAUAUGACCAGGCUUUGGACUGUUUCAGACGACUGCUUCUUAUUCGAUCCUGGUGUCCAGAUAGAACCAUUGCUCAGGCACGAAAGUACAUAAUGCACUCAAUGGGGGAGAGAUACGCUGAGGGAGUGAUUCUGGACCUGGAGAAGACCUGGGAGGAGUCGGACCCUCGCACUCCUCUCAUCUGCUUCCUGUCUAUGGGUUCAGACCCAACAGACCCAAUCAUAGCCCUGGGUAAACGACAGAGAAUUGAAACUCGUUACGUCUCAAUGGGACAAGGGCAGGAAGUUCAUGCAUGCAAACUUCUGCAGCACUCCAUGGCUAAUGGAGGCUGGGCUUUACUUCAAAACUGUCAUUUGGGUCUGCAUUUUAUGGAUGAACUCAUGGAUACAAUCACAGAGACGGACAGCGUUCAUGACACCUUCAGACUGUGGAUGACCACUGAGGUCCACAGACACUUUCCUAUCACUCUCCUGCAAAUGUCAAUCAAAUUUACCAACGAGCCUCCUGAGGGACUGAAAGCUGGACUUAAGAGGACUUAUGUAGGUAUCAGUCAGGAUCUUCUUGAUGUGAGUAACAUGGUCCAGUGGAGGCCCAUGUUGUACGGUGUGGCAUUCCUCCAUUCCACUGUCCAAGAGAGGCGAAAAUUUGGACCUUUAGGUUGGAACAUUCCAUAUGAGUUCAACCAGGCUGACUUCAAUGCAACGAUACAGUUUGUCCAGAAUCACCUGGAUGAUAUAGACACCAAGAAGGGUGUGUCCUGGAACACCGUACAAUACAUGAUCGGCGAGAUCCAGUAUGGUGGUAGGGUGACUGAUGACUAUGACAAGCGCCUCUUGAACACCUUUGCAAAGGUGUGGUUCAAUGAGAACAUGUUCAGCCCUGAUUUCAACUUCUACAAAGGCUACAGUAUUCCCAGAUGCAAUAGCGUGGACCAGUACCUCCAAUAUGUGCAGGGUCUCCCCACAUAUGACACCCCUGAGGUGUUCGGCCUCCACCCAAAUGCAGACAUCACCUACCAAAGCAAACUCGCCAAGGACGUACUAGACACUAUCCUGAACAUCCAACCAAAGGACAGCUCCAGCGGAGGCGGAGAGACCAGGGAGGCGAUUGUGGGUCGGCUAGCAGAUGACAUGCUGGAGAAACUGCCUCCAGAUUUUGUACCAUCUGAGGUCAGAGAGAGAUUGAUAAGCAUGGGUCCUCUUCAGCCCAUGAACAUUUUCCUGCGGCAGGAGAUUGAUUGCAUGCAGAGAGUGAUUGUUCUGGUCAGGAACACGCUGAGUGACCUGAAGCUGGCCAUUGAUGGAACCAUCAUUAUGAGUGAGAACCUGCGAGACGCGCUGGACUGCAUGUACGACUCCCGAAUACCUGCACGCUGGAAAAAGGCCUCCUGGGCUUCCAACACGUUGGGGUUUUGGUUCACAGAGUUGCUGGAGCGGAACCAGCAGUUCCACUCUUGGAUUUUUGAGGGACGACCCAACUGCUUUUGGAUGACAGGCUUCUUCAACCCACAGGGGUUCCUGACAGCUAUGAGAAAGGAGAUCACUCGUGCUAACAAGGGGUGGGCGUUGGACCGUAUGGUUCUGUGUAAUGAAGUUACAAAAUGGAUGAAGGAUGACAUCACGCAGCCUCCUGCAGAGGGUGUAUAUGUUUAUGGCCUCUACCUGGAAGGGGCCGUGACUAGCUGGUUGAAUAAUGAUCUUGGAUACUCAGGUGUCAAAGAUCCUCGCUUGUACUCAUGUCCAAUAUAUAAAAAGCCUGUUCGAACAGACCUGAACUACAUUGCAGCUGUUGACCUGAGAACCAGUCACCCUCCAGAAUACUGGAUCCUGAGAGGAGUGGCCCUCCUGUGUGAUGUCAAAUAAUCGCCUUUUAAAAUGAUCUGUACAAAUGUAGACAUUGUCUUUCUGAUCUUUUUCUGUAUUUUAACUGAUGUUUACCCUGCACAUUUGAAUAAAUAAACAUGCACAGCUGUCUGUAGCACCAUACGAAAGAUCCUUCGAACCACAGCAAGCGCCUUGACAUCUAAACCUGUAAAUCCAUCAUAAAUAUUGUCGCCGUACAUUGUCAUAUGGUUUUCUGAGUGCCUCUCAAGACCAUCUGCUGGGUCUCGUCUUUAAAUGCAUGAACCUGUGGAUUAAAGGCCAAAUGUAAGCCUGCUGAUUAACAGCCCAGCU